UCUACUUUUGUGUUUCAAUCGUUCAAUUAAAGUUCUUCACAACGCAUUUAAAUUAUUGUAAAGGAUUCGAUUGAAUUUGCUGUAUAUUUUUAAUAAAAUGCCAGUUAUAGGAAAUUCUUAUAUUUUUGUGGUUGUAAUUUGUAUGAUCGUUCUUUCAAUUGAUAAAACCAAUGGAAAAUAUAUUCAGAAUAGACCUUGUACAACUCAAGAAGGCAUUCGUGGCAUUUGUGUAGAGGUAACAACAUGUUCGAAUAUUUUGAAUCUUCUGACACUUUCUCCAAAACCGUUGCCCAUCUCAGUAAUUGUUUUAGUGCGAAAAGCGCAUUGUGGAACAUUCAAUAAUACUCAUCAUGUUUGUUGUGAUCCAAAACUUAUAAUAAAUCAAAAAACAACACAAGUUCCUCCUAUCAUUAUGAGAAGUUCAGGCUUUGAAAAAUCGGAAACUGAAGUCGAAGCGAACAAAAAUGAUCCUGAUAACAUCACUGAUGAUCGUGUUGAUGUUGUAACGGAUAAACGUUCAGAAAUAUUGAAAACUGAAGUCGAAGUUAGAAGUGAUGAUCAUGAUAAUAUUACUACUGAGCAUGUUGAUGUUGUUCCAGAAAAACCUUCAGGUUUUGAAAAAUUGCAAUCUGAAGUCAAAGUGAAAAAAGAUAAUCUUGAUACUACCACUGAUCAUGAUUAUGUUGUUGUCCCGGAAAAAAAUUCAAGUGGAAAAGAUCCCAAAUUGUCAGCAAGUGCGUGGAUUACCAUCUUGGUUUACUUUAUUUAUAUAUUUUGUUAAAAUAUUUAACGCCACCAAAAUACUCGUCUUAUAAGCCUACAACAUAA